AUGCUCUCCACACUUCGCGGAUCGGCCGGCCGGACCGCUGUGAAACAGAGCUCAGUCAGACCUGUUGUCCUCGUCGCUCGAGCAUCCACCUUCGCUCAUGUCAAGGAGGGACCGCCCGAUGCUAUCCUCGGUAUCACGGAGGCGUUCAAGAAGGACAGCUUCGCUGAGAAGAUCAAUCUUGGUGUAGGCGCAUACCGUGAUGACAAAGGCAAGCCCUACGUGCUGCCAUCUGUCCGGGAAGCCGAACAGCGUGUUGUUGGAAAGUCGCUCGACAAGGAGUAUGCUGGCAUCACCGGUGUCCCGUCCUUUACCAAAGCUGCUGCCCUGCUUGCCUACGGUCCCGACUCGUCGGCCAUCAAGGAGGAUCGCGUCGCUAUCACACAGUCAAUCUCGGGUACCGGUGCUCUGAGAAUCGGCGGUGCUUUCCUCGAGCGUCACUAUCCUCAUAACAAGACCAUCUACAUCCCCACACCCAGCUGGGCCAACCACAAGGCCUACAAGUACUACAACAAGGACACCAUCGGACUCGACUUCGAUGGCAUGGUAGCAGAUCUCAAGGCGGCGCCAGAGAACAGCAUUGUCCUCCUUCACGCUUGCGCACACAAUCCCACUGGUAUCGAUCCUACCGAGGAGCAAUGGAAGCAGAUCUCGGAAGUGGUCAAGGAGAAAGGUCACUUUCCAUUCUUCGACAUGGCCUACCAAGGUUUCGCGUCAGGAGACACCGACAAGGACGCCUACCCGAUCCGUCUCUUCAUCAAGGAAGGUCACCAGAUGGUCCUCUGUCAAUCUUUCGCCAAGAAUAUGGGUCUCUAUGGUGAGCGAGUCGGUGCUUUCUCUGUUGUAUGUGAAUCAGCCGAGGAGAAGAAGCGCAUCGAUUCUCAGAUCAAGAUCCUCGUCCGUCCUCUCUACUCCAACCCGCCUGUGCACGGCGCUCGCAUUGCUUCAGAGAUCCUCAACGACCCGGCCCUGAACAAGCAGUGGCUCGGUGAGGUGAAGGGCAUGGCCGAUCGAAUUAUCAAGAUGCGAGCAUUGCUCAAGGAGAACCUCGAAAAGCUGGGCAGCAAGCAGAAGUGGGAUCACAUCACCGACCAGAUUGGUAUGUUCGCGUACACGGGUCUCAAGCCGGAGCAGAUGGAUACCCUGGCCAAGGAACACUCCGUCUACGCUACCAAGGAUGGCCGCAUCUCAGUCGCGGGUAUCACAUCAGACAACGUCAAGCGACUGGCUGAGUCCAUCUACAAGAUCACGGGUUAA